CGCCUGGUCCGGCUGGAGCGCAGCCCGGGUCAAAAGUCGACCAAAAACCAGAGGCAUGCGCAGCACGGCGGCAAGGAAAGCUUUCUCCUCCAAAAUUCGAUUCGAGUCAACCGCGAGGGGCACGGGCGGGCGCAUUCGUCGGCCGCUGGGGGGAAAAACACCGCGGCGCACCGGACCGCACGCACCGGGUGGGUCUCGUCUCCGCCGCACACCCGCGCCCCCGAUCGCCCCGAGGAGGAGGCGGAGGGAAGGCGACCGACUGGGACCGAUGUCGUGGCUCCGUAACGCGGUGCACCGCGCCGUCGAGGCGGGCGGCGGCGGCAUCUCCCUCACCACCCGCACCGUCCGGACCGGCCUCGGCACCGUCGUCCACCACGCCGGCCAGGCCGUCGUCGGCGGCGCCAGGCUCAUCAACGGCAUCGGGAAUCGCUACUACAAGAGCUUGAAGCUCACGGCCAAGAGGCUGGAGGAGGCGGCGCUCUCCUGCAGAGGGGAGGAGAGGGUGCAGCUGCUGCACCGGUGGCUCGUCGGUCUCAAGGAGACGGAGGGCGCCGCCUCGUCGAUGCCUGCCGACGGUCCCAAUCAAGCUGCGCCAGUCUUGGAUCUGUACGUGGAUUACGAGAAAGCGGAUGAGCCCAUGACCUUUUUCCACGUCUUCCUCUACAGUCAAGCGCUCGAGUGCAUUGUUCCGUCCUUGAUUCAUGAACUUCCAACUGAGGAAGAGGUUUCACUACUGUCAGAAAUUUUCGGAAUGUGUCUUAAUGGAGGGAAGGAUGUGCACGAUACACUUCUGAGCAGCAUAUGUGACUUGGCAAAGUUAUUUUCAGGUUACAAUGAUGAAGUAUUGGCAAAACGUGACGAACUGCUUCAGUUUGCCCAAUGUGCUAUCUCAGGGUUAAAAAUAAAUUCCGAAAUUGCAAGAUUGGAUAAUGAGAUCAUGCAGCUGCAACAAGAGAUAAAUGCAGUUGAUGCUGUGCGAGCUAACAAAACCAGGAACCGUAAUAAAGCAUCGCCGAGGGUUCCUGAGGACUUCAAAACUGCAGUUGAUGAGGUUCGUCUAUGCUCCAGAAUGGAAGAUCUUGUACUAAAGAAGAAAUCAAUACAUCAUGGCGACUCAUUGGAGACUCAUUUUCAGAAGGUCGACAAGCUGAAGGUUCUGUCAGAAUCCCUUGCAAAUUCGUCCACCAAAGCAGAAAAGCGUAUAACGGAAAACAGGCUACAGAGGGAAGAAUCUCUUACCUUCAAAGUUGCAAAAACAAAUGAAGUUGGUAUAACUGAAAAGGAAUUAGAAGGUGAGAUCUCUGGACUCCAGAAGCAAAGGGAUCAACUUGAGGAAGAACUAAGCAAAGUAAAUACGAAACUGAGUGCGACUGUCGUGAAGCUAAAAAAAACUAGAGAGGAGAGAGACCAAUUUGAUGAAGCCAGCAAUCAGAUAGUGCUACACUUGAAAGCAAAGGAAGAUGAACUAUCAAGAUCUGUUGCUUCCUCCAAAGUAGAAGCAAGCACUGUCCGUGCUUGGAUCGACUUUUUAGAAGAUACAUGGAAGUUGCAGUCCUUAUAUGAAGAAAUAAAGGAAAAACAGGCCAAUGAUGAACUGGAUAGAUGUGGAGUCUGCCUUGUGAAUUUGAUUAAGCAUCAUGUUUCCGCAUGCGUGGACGAGCUGAGCACCUCUGUAGAUUGUAUAAAGACCUUUGUUGAUAACUUGAGAAUUUUCAGUGACAGAUCAGUAUCAACGGAUGAUGGAGGUAAUGGUCUGUCAAAGCAGUCAAACCCACGUAAAUACCUCGAAGAAGAAUAUUUGGAAACUGAGAAAAAGGUGGUAGCCGCAUUCAGUUUAGCUGAUAAAAUCAGAGCAUUGGCAUUUUCAAAUCCAGAGCGUAAAACCAGGCUAGAUGAUCCUGAGGUGAAAAAUCUGUUCGCUAGCAUCGACAGGCUGCGGGUCGAAUUCGAGUCGGUUCCACGCCCCGUGCUACAGAUGGAGGUCAAAGAAAAAGAAGAGAGAUCGAGACGAACCCGAUCCCGCUCCUUCAAGGCCGCCGGCACGCCAACCCACUCAAGAACCGAAUCCCCGAUCGCAGCUCAGCUCAGGACGCGGCUACCGUCGGAGUCGGACUCGGAGCCGGGGAAGUUCGACCAAGAUUACAGGGAAUACGGGGCCGACGACAUUAGCGGGUGGGAGUUCGACGAUCUUGAAGGCGAGCUGAGGUCUGGCUUCUAGCAAAGGCCCGAAUAGUUUUUUUUUUUUUUUGAGGCAAAAAGGCCCGAAUAGUUGAUGUACAAUCGUUGUCGUUAGCACUGAAGAUCGGAAGAAUGUAUGUAUGUGUAGCACAUAGCUGUCCGUGUACAUUAUGAUCUGCUUCGUUUUCUCCUCGAAGACUUCUUCGCUUGCA